GGUUACAUUCGGAACUGGCGCCGGUAUCUUGCGCAGUAUAUUUCCCCAUGUGCAUUACUCAAAAUUAAAAUGGCUGACCCGAUGGAGGUAAUGCAUGAAUUCUGCGCUCUGUAAAUUUGAUAUAUCUGAAACUUGUAUCACUAUUAUAUAGAAAUAAUUACUAAUUUUCAUUUUAUAUUAUGUUAACUUUAUAUUCUAUUUAAAAUGAAUAGGCAUUUAUAAAUGAAUCGAAGAAAAUUCAGUAUUUCUUUUAAAAUAUUAAUUUUGAAUUUAUUGCGUGCGGAUGCGCCACGGUGCGCUCAAAAUCAAAAAGCCAACUGUGAUUUUGAAUAUAACUUGGCCAGGUCUCUAAAACAUCUAUACCUGUACUUUUUCAUGCAUCUCCGUAGACUAAUGCAUAUUUGGUCUAUUGAUAAUAUAUUUUUUGUAAAUGUAUUGUAAUAUUAUUAUGAAUAUUAAACAAAUUAUAGGUUUGGGGCCUAUUUCUAUUACCUAAAUGCCUAAAUUAUUAGUAGGCAGUAUCAGUUCAGUAGGUUACUUAAUCAAAGCAAAAGACUCUGGAUUUAAAAUUUAGUGAAAGUAUUGGUAGUAUUGUUAGCCGCCAUGGGUUUUGCCAAGAGUUGUCUUACCCUACCCUAAGUACAUUUGAAGGGAACAAAGAAAAAUAUGUUCAACUUAACUUUCCAGUUCUUCAUUGAGCAUUAUUUGCAUCACAAUAUAAAUUUAAACGAUAGUCCUACAUUCAGGGUGCUGGGUGGCUGAGCAAAUCUCAAGUUGGUGGUCUGGAGUUCAAUUCCAGCUAGAGCAAAAACACCACCAGCACCCUGGGUAGAUGGGACUCGUUAACCUUGGACGGCAACUCAUCUAAGAGAAGGAAACUCUGAAAUCAAACCCGGAGAUGGAGUCCCGAAAGGCGGAUAACAUUGAUACAAUGAAACAUUCCGACAACUCCUGCGACGUCACUGGUGCCAAGCUGUAUCAUCCAAUGAUGUUCCCUUGGGUUACCCAGCGGCGUGGAGAGAGACGAUUUGCUGUUGGGAACCAGCGUAUAAUCCUUCAAGUAUAAUAAUCCCAGGCUAUGUGGAUUUCGUCCUACGAAGCCCACUCCAUCGUCACAUUGUGACGGACGGAUGCCAGCAAAAAAAAAAGUCCUACAUUUAAUAUGAAAUAUAUUUUAAAUGAAACUAUUUAUUUUAAUAAUUCAAAAUAGUCAGUGUCUACAUGUCCGGCGCGCCGGACAUAUAUCUCCCGCACUAUUUGUCCGGUGACCUAGUCACAUGACCGCCGUAACAAAGUGAUGAGAGAUAUCUUGUCGGUCAGCCUUGUCACGUGACUGCGAAUGAUUUAAAACUAUUGUUAAUUUUAAAAUAUAUUUCUCUACCAAGUAAUAAUGUACUGAGUAUCUUGAAUGCAAAUAAUAGAAAAAAACUUAGUGAAAGUGGCUUGUAAACAUUUUUGUUUAGUUUAUUUCAGUUUGUGCACCAGUAAUCCAUAAAAUAAAUUAGGGGCCUGUGUGGAGUAGGCAACCAAUAAAAGUAAAAGAUUUCAUUUUAAAUUGUUACAAAAUAUUUAAAAACUUCUCAUGAAACUACUGUUGCUGAUGAAUAUGAUAAUAUAAAUAUAGUAUAAAAUAUUUUACAUUAAAAUGGGAGUUAAAAAAACGAUCCUAUCCCCGGUAUUGAUCCUCAAAUCAUAAUAUCGUCAAGUGACCACUAGACCACACAAUAUCUUCCAAACAGUACUUCGUUCGGAAUUAUAAAAAUACUAGCCGUCCGGCGGUAUGUCACGUGACAUGGACGUAUAUCUUGCGCACUAUUUGUCAGGCGCGCCAGACAUGUAGACACUUCGUUCAAAAUACAAGGUUUAAACAAAUUUUUUUUAAAGAAGACACUCGUCCUUGCUGAUAACUUAUAACCCAGAGCCAUGCCAAUAUGAACACCAGAAAAAGAUGAGCUAUUCAUUUCUAUCGCUAUCGUUUUCAGAUAAUUUUCUGGAGAGGGAGACCCCAAUUUGAUACAAAAUAAGAAACUAAGGAUUCAUCUGCAAUAAUUCCAUUAGUCUGUUUUGAUUUCAAAUCUAGAAGGGUACCAUUUACAUCACUAUAUUAGCAUCAGACGUAAUGGCAGUCAAAAUACAAAAUUUCACUCUUGAUAAUCGAUAAAAGUUUAACACGCAUGUUAAUUAACUCUUCCAGACCACGGCGCGUCUUUUUGCAGUGACCUACUUUUUCCCUGUGAUCCAAGCGCGUCUUUUUCACCAGAAUAUUGUUUCCCCUAUGGCCCACGCGCAUCUAUUUGCCACAUAGAACAUAGAGGGGUAUCUAACAAACACAGAAAUGAGGAUAUAACCUUUUCACCAGUCUCAGGCAGAAUGUUUAUUCGUUAGGGGAAUAGUCAAAUUUUUAAUUUGCCUUUUAAAUUAUGAAAAUCGACCAAUUACCGAGUUUUUUGUGUGGAUCUGUAUUUGUUGUUUCCAUGGCGCUAUUGACUAGUGUUCAUGACUGACUUAGAGGGGUAUCUAAUAUAAACACUGAAACGAGGGUUUCACCUUUCACCACAGUCUCUGGCAGAUUGUUUAUUUGUUAGGGGAAUAGUCGAAUUUUAAUUUGCCUUUCAAACUAUGAAAAUCGACUGAUUACAGAGUUUUUUGAGCGGAUCUUUUUAUUAGUUGUUUUUUGAGCGGAUCUUUUUAUUAGUUGUUUCCAUGGCGCUACCCAUCGCUAUUGUUGAUGGUGACUUAGGCCCACUUGAUGAAACCUUUUGUUCUGAAAAUAUAAUUGAGCUUUAAUUGGGAUCAGAAGUUGUUUUUUUUAACACCCGUAUCCAUUUCUGAACAGAUAAUUCUCAUAUUAUGUUAUCAAUUGUUUCAAACAAAAAAAGUUAAAAAAUAAUUAACAGACCUAUUAAAUUUAGGCUCAUUCCAAAAUAAUGUCUGGGCCACAGGGAAUGAUUAGCAAAAUAAUAGCCCAUACUGAGGCAAUAAAAGCAAAAAGUAGGUCAGCAUCGUAAGGGUUAACACACUAAAAGAAGAAGAAACGAAAAUAGAAAGCAAACUAUAAUACCUAUAGUAUAAGCGAUAACCCUUAACCAAACAUUCAUUAAAUUUUAAACCUUUUUAAAGAUGAUUUUGCUAGCGACUGAUAGAGUAAUGUCCAAUGAUUGGCCAUUAUGACAGUUAUAGGGUUAAAAUAGGCUAGUGAAAGAGGACAGUAUUGAAAAACACUUUCGGUGAACCUUCGUUAUAAUCGGUGGGUAGAGCGCAAUCCUUCCUAAACACAUACUAAAGAUACCUUGUCCGAUUAUACUUUCAGAAAAUGUAAGCCUACAUUGGUAAGGGUAUCUGAAUUAAUUUAGCUUGGGAUUUUGUCAUUUUUGACAAGCUUGUGAAAAUGUUUUAAACAUUGGCUUGACACAGCUAAAUCCACUUACAGUUGUAGGGUUUAUGGUGGACAACUCGAUGCUCCCGAACAUUGCUUAAGUCAGGAUAAACCAUGAUUGAAUCAAGUUUCAUUAUUUCCUUUAAUUAUAACUACACAUGAUGUAGCUAUUACUUUAAUACAUAUAUUUUGCGGUGUAUGUUUAACAUAUAUGGACUAAAAAUGAUUUCACAUGGCAUAAUAUAAUCAGUGUAAAAAUGAAAUUUGUCUUGAAUAAGAUUAAAGAUAAUAAUUAAUGGAGUUGGUUUAUUGUCUGACAUGUGGCAUAGUCUUUCAAUCUCAAGAAUAUCUAUAUACUGCUAACUGGACAUCUGAAUAUGGCAAUUGAAAAGUGAUAAUUGUGCCACUGAGGGUUGACAGAAACCAACUGUUUAUGGCCCAUUAUAAUAGUUUUUUUCUUUGAUCAUUCAUUUCAGUCCGUUCCCAGCAGCAGCGGUGAUGUUAACACAAAUGCUCAAAUUGAAUCAUGUAACAUAGCUAAAGAAGAAGAAGAUGGAAAGGUUAAUGGCCACAUUGCACCAGAUGAGAUGACAUCUAAGGACUAUUACUUUGAUUCUUAUGCACACUUCGGUAUUCAUGAGGUAAUUUUUAUUUUUUCACCUUUAAUUAAACUAGACUAACUUAACUUCAAGUAAAACAAAAAGUGUGUGUGUGGUAACGUCAAAACGCUCAGCUGAUUUUCUAUUUCACAAUGACAAUCUUAUUUUAAAUUAUAUAGGAAAUGCUUAAGGAUGAAGUACGCACCUUGACAUACAGAAAUUCAAUGUACUAUAACAAGCACCUCUUCAAAGACAAGGUUGUUUUAGAUGUUGGAUGUGGCACUGGUAUCCUGUGUAUGUUUGCUGCCAAAGCUGGAGCUCGACGAGUCAUUGGGGUGUGUUCCAUUUUUUAAUUAAAAAUCUCUCUGCCAAUAAUAACGAUCUUAUUUGUAUCAAUCUUGAAAUGGAGACAAAGCUAAUUCAGUAGUUGGCUAUGGCAUAACCUUAAGUACUUAUUACAUUACUAAUUCAGAAAGUUUUAUGUAUGAAUUGUUUUGUAUUGUCUCUCCCAUACAGAUUGAGUGUUCCAGUAUAAUUGACUAUGCUGAGAAGAUAGUUGCUGCUAACAAACUUGAUAAAGGUGCAUAUUAAGGACAUAUGAUCCUAAUUUUAAAAAAUGUUCAUUUUUAAAUUUUACUUCUAUUUUCUGUUUUGAAGAGUGAUAAUUGUGCCACUGAUAGAAACAAUUAUACCUCUUUAUGAACCUUUUCUAGAUUGUCAAUUGUUUUUACAUCAAUUAUUUUCAGUUAUCUCCCUUGUGAGAGGAAAAGUAGAGGAAGUCUGUCUUCCCCCUGACAUUGACAAGGUUGACAUUAUUAUCUCUGAAUGGAUGGGUUACUGUCUUUUCUAUGAAUCCAUGCUAAACACAGUUAUCUUUGCAAGAGACAAAUGGCUGGUAAGGCAAACAUAUUUUUAUUAAUUUAUAAUUCUUCUGAAUUAUUCAAUUUAUUUAAUUUAUUGGUGUGCAAUUUACACUGAAGUGAAAAUGGUUAAAGCACACAAAUAACAUAUCAAUGGAAAAAGCUGGCUUUCAGAGUUAUACAUUUUUGUAAUGAAUUAUUUUUCCCCACUAUUUGGCUUUAUUAAUUUUAAAAACUGAUCGAAUUAUUACUCUUUUUUUUUUUUACUGCUGUUCAGAUGGUGACCGUCCAUAUGUUCUGAAAUACUCAAAUAUUACAAAGAAAGCUUUUAAUAUUCUACAUACAUUUUUUUUUAUUGUGCACAUGGUUGGUGGUUCUGGCUACAAAGCUCUAGCAUUGUCCAUCAGUAUCAAAUUGGAGGGUUGGUUGAGUUACUUGAGUGUAGAAUCUAUUGUUUGCAAUAAAUUAAUGGAACUAAAGAUAAGCCAUAAUCAAUUAAGCUGUAAAAAAAAAAAGCUCCAUAAGACAAAGUAAAAGUUAAAAAACUACCAACUCCAAAUGAUUGAGACCUUCAGUAGUCAUCCGUUGGCAAGUAAAACUUUUCCCAUGAAACUCCCAAAUAAAAUGUUAAAACAUAAGAUUUUACUUCAAUUUUAACAGUAAAAGUAAAUAACACUUGAGGUUACCUAAGACUGAUGGUUGAAUGGCAUGUUAACGGUUAUUAAUGAUACGUAUAUAUAGAAUCCUUCCGUCUUCAUGGGACGGUUGGAGUUGCUAUUUACACAUCAUUAAAUGGUUUACGAGGUUUAUCCUGGAAUGGCUGUCUCAGCUGCAUUUCUGGUUGAGGAACCUUGACUCCUGAUUAACUUGGGGCUUUCAUAAUGCUCUUUUUGUUGCCAGGGCUUUAUUUGGUGCAUCUUUUGCAUUGAUUCCUUCAUACACUAGUGUUCGCCAGCAUACACUAGUGUUCACCAGCUAAUAUGGUGUUCAACUAUGAUCUCCCAUGCAUUGAUUUCUACAUUUUCUUCACUCAGGCUUCUUUUGAAAACGCCCUUUAGUCGUAGCCGUGGUAUUCCAAUAAGUCUUGCCCCUUAUGCGAACUCUCCAUACAGCAGAUCCUUCAGAAUAUGGCCUUCCUCCACUCUCCUUACAUGGCCUAACCUUUGCACCUGUUGCUAAGAGCGGAGAGCAUGUUGCUCAUUUUGGCACCUUGUCCUUCCAUCGAAUGCACAAAAUGUGCUGCAGACAUCUUUAUCUUUGAUGGAAUCUGUUCCGUCAUGACUGGCAUAUAUUGUCUUCACUGACAUGUAGUAGUGUACCAAGCACACAUGCCUGAUGGAUGUUUACUUUAGUAUUUUCUGUUAGUUUAAUUUUAUUCCACGCCCUCUUAUGCAGUUUAGCCAUAGUAGCUGCUGUUUUUAUGAUCCAGAUGUUCACAUCCUCAAUGGAGAGUGAACCAAUAUAUUAAUUUUGAUCUCAGGUAUUUGAAAUUCUCAACUGCUGACAGGUUAUGGCCCUCAAUAGUUAUAUUCGAGUUGACUGUGCUUCCUGCAACAUAACAUCUGUUUUCUGUUAGAAUAAUGCUUCACAAGCAUGAGAGGCCAUCUUUAAAUCAUUAAUAUGUUUGUCCGGUUUGUCCAGACUUAUCAUGGACUGUAUUGUUUGUUUUCUUCCUUCAAGCAACCUGAUGGUCUUAUAUUUCCUGAUCGGGCUACUUUGUAUGUCACUGCCAUUGAGGACAGGCAGUACAAGGAUGAGAAAAUAAAUUGUAAGUAUUUUUAAACUAGAAAUUGUCAACCACCGACAUGGGUUGAAGUUGCAUUUUUAAGAAAAUUUGGUCAUUAACUGUAUUUAUGACAAGUUUACUUAUGGACACGUUGAUUCGUGUUAUAGGUCAGUCAAACUAGUUGAUAUUUUAAACAUAUGUAGACCACUUGUUCAAGUCUCUUUGUAACAUUUAAUGUAUGUUAUGUUUUUUAUUUAUUUUUUCCAUGCAGGGUGGGACAGUGUUUAUGGGUUUGAUAUGAGUUGUAUACGAGAUGUGGCUAUAAGAGAGCCCCUUGUUGAUGUUGUGGAUCCCAAGCAAGUUGUUACUAAUUCUUUCCUGGUCAAAGUAAGUUAUUAUUUUUUUUAUAUACAUUUAUGUCAUUCACGAUAGAAGCAGUAACUUCACAAAAUGUUAUAGAUCAGUGGUUCUCAACCUUUUUAAUGCCGCGACCCUUUAAUACAGUUCCUCAUGUUGUGGCGACCCCUAAACACAAAAUUAUUUUCGUUGCUACUUCAUAACUGUAGAGGAUAUGUGUUUUUCGAUGGUCUUAGGCGACCCCUGUAAAAUGGUCGUGUGACCCACAGGUUGAGAACCGCGGUUGUAGAUGAUCUUUUGUGCGUCAAAAGUCUUACUCCUCUUUGUUUUAAUUGAUGAUUCCCUGAAUGUUUUUUUGUGCCUACAAAUCUUUAUGCAUUUUAUUUCUCCUCAGGAGGUAGACAUCUAUACUGUAAAGGAAGGGGAUAUUGCUUUUACUGCUCCAUUUCGCCUCACUUGUAGACGUAAUGAUUACCUUCAUGCUUUGGUUACUUUCUUCAACAUUGAAUUCACAAAGUGUCAUAAGCGUACAGGUUUCUCAACGUGUAAGUCUUAGGUUAUUUUUAACAUUAUGUGAAUUAUUUUGGAAUUGUUUUGAGUUCUUAUUUCCAUAGGCGUAUUUCAAAUCUUUCUGUAGCAUGGUUUUAUUAUAUUAAUGAUUUUAUUUUAGCCCCUGAUGCACCAUAUACACAUUGGAAGCAGACAGUUUUCUACUUGGGUGAUAAUGAUCUUACAAUCAAGAAAGGGGAGGAAGUAGAUGGAGUCCUCACAAUGACACCAAACAAACAGAACAAUGUAAGGGCUUUUUAAAAUACAAUAGAUCAUUUGCGCUCUUGUGAUUAUUUAUUGAAGCUAUGCGGCAUUGUUCAAGUAUUUUAUAAUAGAGUAUUCAUAACACCAUCUUAUCCAUGUGAUUUUUUUCCCCCUGCUGCAGUGAAAAAUUAGAUUAUAAAUGCUGUACUCAUUAACUUUCUCAAGUCGGGCAGAUUUAUUUCCCUUCAUAAUUUUAAGUGCAGGAAACGGUAUUAUUGUGGUUAGCAUACUAAACGGGGGGGGGGGGGGGGGGGGUGUGGCUUAUGUCUUAUUAAAUCUUAAUUUGCUACCAAAUUCAUCCGAGUCAAUUUUUAUCAAAAUUGCUAUUGAUAAGACUAAAAAAAUAAUAUUGCAGGAUGCACGCCCAGCAGAAGGGAUAUUAUUAAUAGGGAUUUGUUUUUAUGUUAUAAGGAAUGGCAAAGUGUAGAUUAUAAGUGUAAAUUAAAACCUCAAACAUGGUCCUUUGUUGUUGUUGAUUUUUAAUUAGUAAGAUGUGAUUUUGAUCAUGUAAUAUAAUUUAGCUGUUCAGCACUUCAUACAUGUGUGUAAUAUUUAUUUUCUUCCUAUUCUCUAUAGCGAGAUCUGGAUUUCACAGUUAGUAUUGACUUCCAUGGAGAACUGUCUGAGGCUUCCUGCUCUCUCAAUUACAAAAUGAGAUAGAUGCUAUAAAAAGUCCUUUUGUCCAGAAGUAUGGCCAUUUUGUUCAUUUUAAAGGUUUUGUUUGGUCAGAUGAGUUUGUAACAUGAACUUAAAUUUAAAGAAAAAUAUUUACUGUUAUGAUUUUUAACUCCAAUUUGCACUGUCAUUGGGAUUUGUAAGACUCUUGUAUUAAGAAAUUUUAAAUGUUGCAUUUUGUUGGACCUAGUGGGGCAUUUGUAUGAUAGCAUUGAACAAAUGGAAUUUUCUCUUGAAGAAUGGAGUUUUUUUCUUGUGUUAUACAUUUGCCAUCUUCUGGACAAAUUUUAUUUCAAGGAAUGUAAUGUUGGUAAAGUUAUUGUAAGCCCAUCAUAACUAGUAGAUGGGCAAUAAGAAAAAAAACAUUUGAAUUACCUGUAAGAUAAUUAUAAGCUUUGCUGCAAGUACUGCUUUUGUUGUACUGACAAUGGAAUGUGCGGCAGUCUAUUAUUUCUUGGUGUUUCUUUUAGUGGUAUGUAUUUUUUUUCUGGCUUCAGUGAGUACCGGUAGUGGUUUUGUCUCUUAUUAGUCUUGUUUUUAAAUUCUUAGGUCUGUAUGAUUUUGAAAAAAAAUACAUUUUCUUUCAUUAAAGGUCUAUUCAGAGUCAAACAUAAACUUUUGCAGAGCUAUGGAGGAGACCCAACAGUUGUAGCGUAUGCUCAUCCAUUGAUUUAAUCUACUUAGCAGAGGCAUUGAUAACUGUUUUAUCAUCAUUUCUAUGCUCUGGUCUUGAACAUGCAGUGGACUAAAUCUGCAAUGCCCUAUGUAUUCCAUUGGUUAGCCCUGCAGUGGUGUCUGCUUCUCAGGAUUGAAAUAAGGGGCUUUUUACUAUGCUCUUAAUUCACUUCACUUGGAGCAGGUCUCCAGAAGAUUUUUGGAAAGUUUUAACUGUUUUAUUAGAAUCUUCUCUAUUAUUUAAAGUAGUUGUCAAUUGAUGGCUCCAACUUUCAUAAAGACAUUUUCAGGUCUUACUAAUCUUAGUUUGAAACACUUGUAGGUUAGUCAUAGUUGUCCUCAUACCAUAUGAUGUUUAUAUCUUCAGAACCUGAGUUUAUUUUUCAAAUAUUCAUAAACCAUUGUCAGUCUGGAAUUAGCAAGUUCACCAUUAUAGCACAUCUAAAGCAGUACAAAAUGGCAGUGAGAUUAAUUUUAGUUUUAACGAACCGUAAUUUUUAUAAAUUUUGCAAGAUCUUUGUCUUCGGCUAUGCUACUAUUUUUUUCAAAGUUGAUUUUUUAAUUGGCUCCAAUUGAUGCUGUUGUUCAUGCAUCUUUACAUGUAUUAUAAAAACAACAUUUUGUUCCAUACCAUGUUUUGUUGCAUAUGCAUCAUCAUUAAACAUUUAUAUUCAUUUGUAA